AUGAACUGCUCUAGAUGUAAUAGACCUGUUGUAAGACCAACGAAGUGUAAGACCUGUAAACUCACAUAUCAUCUUAGCUGUGCGAAAGAUGUGGCUCAAUCUAAAGCUGCAACCUACUGUGUAAAGUCUUUUGGUCCAUCACUGUCUCCACUUACUAUUCCAUCAAACUCUCUAGCACAUACUUCUGGACAUUCGACUACUAGACCAGCUAGCAUUUUAGAUAGGAUACGCAGGAAAUCUUCGCAGAGCAGUUUUAAAUCAAUUAAUUCAUUACCAAAAACACCACCUAUUACUUCUGCUGGAGAAGACUGUGUUUUUCUUUCCCCAGUUGAAAUUACCUCUCCAAAAAUGUCUGGUUCAAAUGAUCAAGCAAGUCAGGUUACUUCCAAAUCUGCCUCUCAAUCCGUUUCAGGUGCACCAGCUAGUCAAGCUAGCCCUAAAUUCUUAGUUGACACUAAUGAUCAAAGAUCAACAGAUUUGCCUACCUUAAAUGUUUUAAAUCCAACUCAAAUGGCAAAGCCUGAUUGGACAAAACACACUCUUGAUGAAAAAGUUAAUGCUUUGCUUGAUAUGUCAUAUAAUAACUCUUUGAGCAUCCAGAAUGUCGCGGUCUGCCUGACCAAAUGUGAUGAAAAUGCAACAACUAUCAUGUUAGUUAAAUCUACUCUUGACUCUUUAGUCAGUACUCCAUUUACCCAACAAGCUAAUGAAUAUCGGAUGUCAUCUCAACUAUUGAUCUCCGGAAUUCCAAAUGAUUUAAAUACACAACAAACUAACGAGCAGAUUACACACCAAAUAUUUGAGAAGUUAAAUAUUGCAAAUCUUACUACUGAUAUUUUGAAAAUCAGAGAGUUUAAAAAUAAAAGGAGACAAAGUGGACAAAAUAGCACAUCAACCUCGCGAUCGCUUAUUGUUAAACUUAAAUCACCUGAAAUUUGUGAGCACAUCAUUGAAGUCAAACGCCGCUCCCCAAAACUUCUGGCUAAAAACGUCUUUAAUACUUCUUCUGACUCUAACCAAAACAAACUCAUUUACAUAAAUGAGUUCUUACAUCCUGAUAUAUAUAAAUUUGUACAGAAGAUAAAAACUAAAGCCAAACUAUCAAAAAUUAAGUAUGUCUGGACUGAUCGUGGCAAUCCUAUUGUAACCAGUACUUCAAUAAACAUCUUAAGUCUCAACAUAAACAGUUAUUUAGCCCAUCUAGCACGAUUUGAAGCUCUUGUCAAAAAAUAUAAGCCACAUCUCAUUACAGUAGUAGAAACUUGGUUAAAUCCAGAUAUUUCUGUCUCUUUAGAUGGUUACUCGAUCCUACGACGUGAUCAAGGUUUAGUAAAUGCUAACGGUCAAUACACUAGAGGUGGAGGUGUAGCCUGCUUUGUUCAUAGUUCCUUGAAAUCUAAACUUCUUUACUCAUCAGAAUCUCAUGACAUAAAUAGUCCAGAAUUCAUAAUAGUUGAUAUUAUUCCUCCAACUGGUUCGCAUAUACUCUUGUCAUCAAUUUAUAGAAGACCUCAAGGACAACUGCUUGACAGCUUCUUUGCACAAUUCAGCAAGUACUAUCCACUCUAUAAUAAUGUUCUCAUCAUGGGCGAUCUAAAUUGUAAUAUGUUGAAGUCUGAGCGCUCAGCAAAUCACCUAAAGUCAUUUAUCUCUGAAGCUGGUCUCUACUGUAUACCAUUUGGGCUUACUUUUCACACUAUUGAUGUUGAUUCCUGGCUAGAUGUCAUCAUUAUUGAUGGUAUAAACAAAUUAGGAACCUUCACAAAAUCAGCCUCACCUUUUAUAGGUGGUCAUGACUAUCUUCUAUGCAAUUACAAACUUGAAUUAAAGACAGUCUAUGAUAAACAGGUCACUUAUCGUGAUUUUAAAAACUGUGAUCAUCAAAGCCUAGCGAUUGACCUGAAUAAUAAGCUUAAUCUUGGAUGCAUAAAUUUGGAAGAUUUUCAACCUAAUGAACUGGUUACAUACUUUCUAGAUUCAAUAAAUUCUUCUCUAGACGUAUUUGCACCAUUUACCACCAGGAAAUUAAGACGCCCAAGCUGUCCAUGGCUCACUCAUGAACUAAAAAGGGAAUUUCACAUACGGGAUAACCUGUACAAAAGAGCUCGUCGUACUAAAGACGCUAAUUCACUAGCCCUAUAUAAGAAAAUGAGGAAAGAGCUUAAAGUCAAACUAAACUUGGCUAGAGAUGCAUAUUUUAAACAAAUCCUUGAAAACUCAUCUCAACAAGUAAAUAUUUGGUCUAAUCUGAAGCGAAUGGGCAUCAUUAAAGCGAAGAAAUCUUCACCACUUGAUCACUUUGAAGCUGAUGAUUUGAAUUAUUUCUAUGCCAAUAUCCUUAGAAAACAUCCGUCAUGCUCACGAAACUUCGUAAAUAGCUUGCCAUCACAUGCUACUAGGAAGGUCGAUAGUGUCUUCCACUGGUCACUCAUCGACCUUGUUGAUGUUACAAAAAAUCUUCAAAUCACUCUUCAUAAAUCAAAAGGCAGAAGCCCGGAUGGAUUUGAUCUCAAAUGGUUGAGAGAUCACAUUCCGUCCAUCUCACUCUUCUUGAUGACCAUCUUCAAUUGUUCACUAAAUACUGGGUCCUUUCCGGAUGCCUGGAAACUAGUUAUGAUUCUAGGAAGUAACAGAAGACUCAAGCUCUUAGACAACUGUGAUCUUCCUUCAAUUAUCAUAGAUGGUAAUGUAAUACCCUAUGUUAAUACAACGAAGCAUUUGGGAAUUCACGUAACCAGAAAUCUUUCUUGGGAUGUCCAUGUUGCCCAUACUACUCGUAAAGUCUACGCUACGUUAAAUUGCCUGAAAUAUAGAAGAAAUAUUCUUUCUACGCCCACUCGCAAGCUCUUACGUCUCGUGAAUAACACUAUCAGAUUCAUAUUCAAUCUUAGACGUGAUGAACAUAUCACUCCUUACAAGCAUAAAUUAAAUUGGCUGACAAUCAAAUUCAAAAGACUUUACGCUCUAGCUUGCUUUAUGUUCAAGCUUCUAAACUCGGGUGAACCAAAAUUCCUUAGGAGUCUUUUUAUAGAAGAACCAUCUGAAAUCAGAAGAUCUGAAAGAAUUGCAGCAAAAUCUAAUAAUAUUCUUUUCCAAAUUCCAAAUUUCUCGACUACAAUCUACGAACAUUCAUUUGUUAUCUCUGCAAUUCGACUCUGGAAAGAGCUACCCACUGAAGUCAUAAACUCGCUCAGCAUAGACUCCUUCAAAAACAAGGCUUUUGAAUUUUUUAUGAAACUAGAACGAGAAAAAUAUAACACAAUCGGUCUAAAGAGCAGCCGAUUAUUUGACCGAAAACUCGACUUCGGGCCAAAAAUAACUUCGCUAUGGAGUUUGACGCUGCAAUCGCGCUUACUUUAA